AUGGCCAGUGAAGCACGUUGCCAGAGGUCACAACACUGCGAUGAAUUCCAAUCUUUCGUGGCAACGAGUUCUGACGUUGGUCUCGGAGAUGCAGCUUUGCGCUUUACGCCCCGAUGGUCUCAGCGUGUCCGCAGUUCGUGGUGCGGGUGCGACGUGGCACUGGGCGCUGCACGUGAUCUCGUGCAAUGCUCUGUUGGACUGUUGCGUGCGAGCAGAGCAAUGGCAAACUGCCUUGGCACUGCUCAAUCAGAUGCUCCUUGGCUGCCCUUGACAUUUCACCGUGUGCGGCUGCGGCAGCUGCAGGGUGGCCUGCAACCGGAUGUGGUGAGUUACAGCUCUGUUAUUUCUGGCUGUGCACAGGUUUGGCAGUUGGCCCUGGAGCUCCUGGUCACAGCGGCAACAUCGGUGCAGCUCGAUGCCCAAUGUUGCACUACUGCCAUCAGGGCGUGUGCAGAAGCGCAGCCAUUCGGCUCAGGGACGACUGUAGGGACUGUAGGGACUGGAGGACAAUCCGCGAGAUCCUCGUUUGAUCACGGCACAAUGGUGCUUCCCAUGUCCUUACUGCGAACGGCGCAGAAUCAGCCUAUGAUGGUGGAGCUGAAGAACGGAGAGACCUACAGUGGAGUGUUGGCCUCCUGCGAUGGUUUCAUGAACCUGCACAUGCGCGAUAUCGUGUGCACCUCUCGUGAUGGCGAACGCUUUUGGAAGAUCCCGGAGUGCUACGUGCGGGGCAACAGCAUCAAAUAUCUCCGUUUGCCCGAUGAGGUCAUUGACAUGGUGAAGGAUGAGCCACAGUCACGCAAGGAGAUCCGUCAGCAGUUCAAGGCCCGAGGCCGUGGCCGCGGCAAAGGCGAGGGUCGCGGUCGUGGCCGCGGCGGGCAGUCCGCGGGACCUGAGAAGCGCGCGGGAGGAGGUGGCGACAAGGCUGGAAAGAAGGCAAGGCCGUGAGCGACGUGAUCUGAGCGCGCCCGUUGGUCGAUUGCUGACUCAUUCGCAUCGCGUAGAGGGGAGAAA